AUGAAAAACAUCCAAGUGUUGUUCUUGUCAAACAAUAACCUGACUGGGAACAUUCCUUCUUGGUUAUGGCUACUUCCACGACUGUCCAGUUUGGACCUCUCGAACAAUAAUCUCUAUGGAACCCUUCCACUUUCUUUCAGUCUUGCAAUGCCAUACAUACCUUCAAAUCUGAAUCUUGCACAUAAUAGUUUCCAUGGAAACCUUCCGCUGCCUCCCAAUAACAUAGAGGUUUUUGAUCUAUCUCACAAUCAGUUUAGUGGUUCAAUCCCUGUCCAAAUGGGUGAGAAACUAAUGAAUGCCAAGUAUGUCUCCUUUUCAGGAAACAAACUCACUGGAGCAAUUCCCCACUCCCUUUGUUCUAAAAACAAUGGUAUCAUGAACCUAGACUGGUUGCAGAACUUUUUGAGUGGCACCAUACCUUCAACUUUUGGAAAUUGCACCUCCCUCAUUGCUUUAAACCUGGCAGAGAACAACUUAACAGGAGAGGUUCCUUUCGAACUUGGAUAUGCAAGGAAACUUAAAGCGCUUCGUUUGGGCAAGAAUUACUUACAUGGGUCAUUCCCAAAAGUUAUACAAGACCUAAAAGAUUUGGAGUUUUUGGAUUUGGGAUACAGUUUUUUCAAUGGGAUUAUCCCUCCUUUCAUUGGUAAUCUCUCAGAAUUGCGUGUCCUCGUAUUAACAUCUAACCGUUUUAGUGGAAGUAUUCCUACUGAGAUAACCCAAUUGCACGGGCUUCAGUUCAUGGACUUAUCAAACAAUACACAGGAGGGACCCAUUCCAUCAAAUCUCAAAAAUUUUGAAGGCCUGAUCAAACAAACACCUGCAAUUCUUCUUGGGUACUUGAUUGAUCUUGUGCUUUUGAAUAUGGAACUGGAGUUUGCUAUGAAAGGAAUACAUUAUAAUUUGACCUCUGUAUACUCAUAUCGCACAGGAAUUGACCUAUCUAAUAAUGGGCUUGAUGGUGUGAUUCCUGAACAAAUGGGGUCGUUAAAAGUAUUAUCCAUGUUGAACCUCUCAAGAAACCAUUUGGAUGGGCAAAUUUCAGAGAGUAUUGGGAAUCUGAGCCUUGGAUCUUUGGACCUCAGCCACAACCAAUUAUCAGGACAGAUCCCCUUGAGCCUCACUACAAUAGACUCUUUGAGUUGGAUAAAUGUGUAUUAUAACAAUCUUAGUGGGAAAAUACCAUCCUCUCCACAUUUUGACACACUUGCAUUGGCUCCUUUUGUAUUUGCUGGGAACCCAUUCUUGUGUGGGGGAUCAACAGGAAAGAAUUGCAUUUCUGAUCCUCAAGAGGAGGUUGAGGUUGAGGUUGGGGAGGAGAGAGAAGCAAAGUGGAGUAGGUAG